UUUUUUGUACCUGAUUCAAUCAGUCACUUGCAAUUCGAAUCCUAAUUCAAUUUUGCACAGAGGACAAGCCGUGCACAAUGCUGCUUAUUCCGUUUCAGCAUUUGCGAAGGUUUUGUACCUGAAUCACCGGGAAACUUAUUACAUUUAUUAGGUCCCAGGAACUACAUCUAGUUUUACUUUUAUCUCGAUACUACUUUUACCGCAGAAAAUUUAAUGAAUACCGAAUAAAAAUAUCAAAAUGGUUCUCUUCAAGGACAUGCUUCCGGGCACCCGGAUUUUCGUGGACUACUUUGGCAAAGUGAAGAAGGCGCGGACACUGAUGCAGGAUGUCAGCAGCUAUGAAAGAGCGGACAGCAGCAGCGCUAGCGACGAGAAUGGUAAAAAGGAUACGUCGAACAUUAAGAAUAAUCCGUCAAAUAUUAACAACAAGCCGAUGUACACCGAAGUGCAACUCCCAGCGGAUGAUCCGCCGGUGUACCUGUUGUCCCAUUUUCACUCCGACCACUACAUGGGGAUGGAAAAGCACUGGGAGUCACCGGUUUGUAAUGCCAGUACAGGAGUAAAUGCGAGAAUCUACUGCACCCACACGUCCGGUAAAUUGCUCGAAAUGCUGUUCAACCUGCGGCCUGGUCUCGUGUGUGGAAAGCCGUAUUCCCAGCCGUUUUUCGACGUGAGAAAACGCUACGUAAUUUGCUUCGUCGACGCGAACCACUGUCCCGGUUCAGCGGUGGUGUUGAUUUUGGUGUUGAAAAGCAAGAAGAAAUACAUGAACACAGGGGAUUUCCGGUAUUAUCCAGAGAUAGAAGAGAAGUGCGAUCGGGCCUGGAAGGACAUGGUCGAAUUCGGGCUGCAGCAUGGAGUUUUGGAUCUCUGGGAGGAUAAAAUAAGCGCAAUGCCGACAAAUGAAAAUAAUGCAGACGGAGCCGGUCCUCGUCCUAGACCUAGUCCUACUUCUCCCAGUCUGUCUGAAAUGGAAAGAACAGCAGCGGCAAAACAGAUGCUUUUAGAAAAGCAGGUCGAGAUACUUCUGAUGGACUUUUCGUGGGCGGAUGACUCGUUCGACCGGCUGCCGGACAAGCCGACUUCGGUAGAUCGGUUGCUAAGUUUGGUGGAGAAAUACUACUACGGAACAAGUACAGCAUCAGCAACAGCAGCAGCGAUAUCCACCCCCACACCAGAUGGUUUUUCAACAUCUUCGAAUCUACUUCUAGCAGACCCCAAUAGAAGGAAAAAAACCAAAAUCUUUCUGCACAGCUACGGUCUCGGGGACGAAGAGCUUCUCCUCGGUGUUUUCAACCGGUUCAAGCAAGAGACCUUUCUGUUUGCGGACGAGCGACGGUGGCUGGAGUUGCGGGUGUGCGGCGCCUUGGAAAGCGAGGACCUGCGGCGAAGGUGUUUGAACUACUCGACUUCGCACCCGAACCUGCAACAAGUCCGGUUCUUCAUCGUGAAAAACAGCGCGCAACGGAAGCGGGUGUUUCGCGAAGUGCAGCAAAGAAGCGCCGGAGCUUCUUAUCUAGAGGGACUACAACAACCAGCGUCGAGGGGCCCAACAACGACGACCUUGUCGAGUGCAAAGAGCGUGCCGCAGGACAAUGUGGAUAUAAUCAAAAAGUCAAGCGCGUAUAAUCAUGCCGUAGGGAGGACGAAAGCGGUGGAGGAGGUCGAAUUGACGAAGGACUUCGUCGAGAUUUCCUGCACAACGAUGUGGUGGUGCUAUAACAAGCAUUUGCUGAUUCAGCUGGGCGCCUGCGCCGACGUGUGUCCGGCGGUGGUGGACGAGCAGGGGAUUUGGCGGGUACUGUGGGCCAUGCACUCGCCGCUGCGGGAGCUCCGGCUGUUCGCGAAGUACGUGAAGCCGCGGUAUUUAAAGCCUGUGUGUGCGGUAAUCCAGGCGGGCCACUACGAAGUGACCGAAUAUCAAAUGUAAAAAUGUCUGGGUCUGGAAGAUUGGAACUUGUCAUGCUGUUUUUGGACUCUAAAAAAAAUUGUGUUGCAUGACCAGCAAAAUGGGUACAGUUUUUGCUACACAGACGGGCCAUUUCUCAUGCGGAAGGUGCAUCAGGAAGCUCUCUAAAAGUCUGCGAUGCUAGUUCAAGCAUUACAGGCAUUAUGCGUCAUGAGAAAUAUGCAUAACACAUCUUGCAUUCUUCCAGACCCAGACAUUUUUACAUUUGAUACCGAACAGGACAAGACGAACGCGCAGAAGUGUUUCCAAGGCCUGUUUGGGGACUUUUGCGAAGAAGUGCUACCGGAGGGGGAGGAGAAUUGUUCUCAAAUAAAUGUAGACGAAGCAUUGGCGUUGACCGAAAUAUCAAAAGACGCCACCGGUGGUGCAGUAGCCCCCCGCCGGCGUGAAAUAUUAACAGACCAACAAGUAGAAGUAGACUCAGCCGCCUCUUCGCAAGCACAGAACGAUGGAGCAGAUGCACAGCUUCUGUCAAAGAGACCACGACCCGUUGAAGUUGUUGUGAAAAAGCGCCCAUCUCUCGGUUCCCCGCUGGAUAGCAAGAAGGCGCUGGAAUACGAACAGCAACAGGACGAAAAUAAGAAGAAGCGGAAAAUCCGCGCCACCGGAAAGAACGUGGUUCAUGAGCAGGACGGAAGCAGCCUGUUUUUCGGCAUCAAGUCCGGCGUGGAGUUCUCCCCGGAAAACGAGCGACGGCACGCGAUCGACGUGUUUCACCGCGGGAACAAGAACACGAUCAUCCAGCUGAACGCCGCGGACGAGGAAAAGCGACGGCUGAAUUUUGAAAAACACGGGAACCUGUGCGCCAAAACCUACGAACAACGAAAACGGGAAGAGGAACAGAAAGCCGCGGGACAGCUAGGAGGCAGCAACAUGGACGAGGGCAAGAAUAAUCUGCCUGACGGAACUACACAUCUUGACGUCGCAACAUCUUCAAAGCCACCAGGUUCUGGGGCUCCAGUACUUUUAGCCUCUUCAUCCUCGUCUACCGCUGGAACAAGUAAGGAUAUGAAAAGCAACAAAGCACCGCCAAACAGCAGCACCUCACAUCACUACGAAUCCGCGUUCGCAAAGGUCGCCGCACCGCUGCAAAAGAACAAUGCAGCCUCGCUCGCGGAGCUGCGCGCCCGGGCGGAGAAGGACAAAAGUACGAAACGGGGGCGCGCGUUGCUGAGCAACUUUUUCCGGCUACGGGGAGAGCAGCAGGAGAUGCAUGACGGCGUAGAAGUAGAACAACAACCUGGCGCGACACCUAAUCUUGCCGGGAAUAUUAAAAACCCGAUAAACGUCAAGACUUUUCACAACGGCAACCGGUUCGACCCGACGCUAAAGGGCGAUAACAUUCAAAUCGACCACGCCGCGAACAAGAAAGCGUUGGCGGUUUUGAACGAGAAAUACUACAAGAGGAAGAAGUUCAAAUACGCGUCCGACCAACCGCUGGAUGUUGCGGAGUUGAGAAAAUCCGAGUACCGCGCGAAAUUACGGGGCCAGGGUUUUACGGAUGAAGAGAUCGAGCGGAAAAUGAACCAGGACAUUGGGGAGGAGGAGGACAGGGAAGUGGAAAGGAUUCUCAGGGCGGGCGGAGGGAAGGUGGACGACAGAAAUCUUUUCGAUCCGUCCUCCCUCGAACCGGAUAGCGGGAACAGCGAUUUGCUGAAACAGGGGCUGAGUGGGCAGCUGCCGAUUCCGCAAGGCAGGGACGACUUUAAUAUUUUCGGCACCGACCUGUCGCGGGGGACCGAUGGGAUAGUGGGCGACCUGUUGGCCGAAAUCAAGGCGCAGGUGGGACACGACGAGGGUCUUUUCUACAACUCGGGGGAAAGGGGUAAAGAAAAGUUUUUCGCCGCUAAAGAGGAAAAGAAUAAGGAUCGUGCGGUGGCGGACAACAUGAAGAUAAUGCUUGCGGGUCAAGGGGAACAUCAACAAGAUUCAGAUGUAGAGAUGAAACACGAGCAGGACCACGGAUUCGAUGACAAGGUCGAGGAAAGAAAUAAAGGACAAUCCGAAAGAACUGCUGGAGCUGCCUUUUUGCCAGAACCUGCUGUAUUACGACUAGAAAAUAAUGAUUUUCAUCCUCCUGCAGCUUCUCAUCUUUCCGGUGCCGCUGUUGACGCCAGUGCGAAAACUACAAACCAGAACCAAAGUCAACACAACCGCAAAGUGGACCAGAAUUUUUCACAGGGCAAUGCGACUUUGACGGAGAGUCUGCCGCUCUCGGUUGCGACCGGAAAAACGGAAACGCUGCCCGAGAGUGUGGUUGAAGAUUUGUCCUCUGGGCAACAAGGAACAGCGGGCGGUCAUGGUCAACCACAUCCACGUGUAGUACAAGCGCUUGCACAACAAGAGUUACCUGAUGCUCGAUUUCCUACCGUGAUUGAAAUCCUAGAUGAGGAGGAGGACGGGGUGAACCAUAAGAUGGAGAACGAGCACCAUGUCGCGGUUGAAAAAAUGCCGGCAAGUAGUGCCACUGCUACAUCUGCAGUUUUCUUCAGUCCAAAAGCUAUUUCUACACCAGCAAAAUCUCUCCACCCGGAAAAAUUCGAUGCUGCUCCGCCUGCUGCCGAAGGAGCAGUAGGAAAAGUGGUCGCUGCAGAAUCAAACACGGACGGCGCAGUACUACCAGUCGACGAAGACCAGAAAACAGCUGCACCGGUACUGGUUGUAGAGCCUCGCCGCCGCACCAGCACUUCCGGAAAAAUCAUGAAGAAGGACCCACCUGCUUCGUCGGUGGUUCUCUCUGCGAAGAAGCAACGAAAGAAGGACCGAAAGUUGCCGUUUGCGCACCUCGGGAAGAAGGACCUCUGCAGUGCGGCAAGUAGUAGACCACCGAAGGCGGCGAACGCGAAAAUGGCAACCACCCAAGCGAUAAAGGCGAAGAGCAAAAGCUGUGGUGAAAACAAUUACGCAGACACGAAGAUUCAUCACGCACUCAGAUCAGGAAUUACAACAUCACAAAAAGCAGAACCUUAUUCACAGGUCGGUGUCCUCGUGAAAGCCUCGGCAGCGCAGACGAAAGUGGUCGUCCCACCCCGGAGGGCAUUACCGCCCGGAUUUAACGGAAAUAUUCAAAACGGGGACGAGAGGGAGGAAGACAAUGAAGUUGUGAAUUUCCUUGUGGACCACGGCGUGUCGAAAGAACGCGACGCCACUGCUGGGAAAAGUUCAACUUGCAGCACGACAAGCUGCAUCCCAGUAUGUAGUGCGGCACGUGGACCACCAAGUCGAAAUGCUGCUGCUGGAGGACCUGUGCCGACGAAUGCGGAAAACAAACAUCAGUCGAAAAGAAACGAAAUACUAGAGUCGUCUUCCGUGGCGGUGGAGCCGAAAGAACAAGGAAGAGGGUCGACGCGACUGCCGAUCUUUCCUCCUGAUCAACGACAGAAGAACCCGCCACCACCGGUCAUCAGCUAUUCCCCUCGCGAUAGACAUGAACCGAUCCAAUUGACGAAAAAGCCCAAGGCCUCGUCUCCAAAUUUGUGGGAUGAACUUAGCCUUUUCCCGCCCUCUUCCCAGAGUUGCGAUUUGUCACAGGAUCAUGGGCGAUCGUCUGAAGUGAUUUCGCCCGGGAAAAUGCUGUUUGGCGAUUCCCAAGAGUCGCUCCUGCCGGGGCAGAAGAAUGAUUUCGUGAUAGGGGCGGGAGCGGGGCGACAACCACGGGAUCAAUUGCAGCAAGCACCUCAGCAAGCGGUCCUCGUGCCCAGCACAACAGAGGAGAACGAGAAGAAGGACCGUUUUUUUUCUGGUGUAGCUUCUGCAAUCAUGAGCACGUCCGCGGCCGCGAAGGCCCUGCCGAAAACCAAAUUCACGCUGAAAGUUCCCCACCGGAGCAGAAGUGGCCCGAGCGCGAAGUUGUUGAUAGGGACAACAUUUUCAUCUUCAACUGGAGGUACCAGCAGUUGUCAUGCAGCAGAGCAGGAACAGAACCAGAAGCAGGAUAACAAGAAAGAAGCGCGCCACAGGGAGGCGGAUGGAACCGAAAAGGAACAGACUGCUCCGACAAGAAAAAAACCAAAAAAUGUACUUGUGAUUCCGAAAAGGAAGUGAAGAAAUGUACUAGUAAAACGUUUCGCAUCAAUGCACCAAAAUCGCACAUUACGAGCGCGUGAAAGUUUCGAUCGUUUUUAUGAAGCAGAGAUUCAUCAAAUCAGACUGACGAGGUCGAGGAGGAAAAGAAGAUCAAGAAGAAGAACGACUCAACGGCACGACAUAAGCCAGUUCUUCUUGGUGGCAGAUACCAG